ACUUCCCUGGGAUCCGUGAAACGUUAUUGUGCGAUCCCGGCCAUUCACAAUCCCGAAUAGAUAAUUCCCUUCGCGUUCCAGUGGUGCACGCUGUAACCUCAAGCCAUCUCAAACUGAUUCCACUAUAAAAGGGUUCCCCGUACCCCUCCCCUUUCAGAGAGGAAGCAUGUUGUCGGAUGUCUCAUGCCUGAAGAUAGUUUAAUUAAUUGCGCUGAAAUCCAGGGCAGCGCAUCUUAAAUAGAGAAGUGGGCAAGGAGAAAAUCACCUACAGAUUGAUUUAUACUUGCCUGUUCACUGUGAGUUUCAUCAUGAGUGUUCACCAUAGUUUGGUAAACAUGAAGCAAAUCCGUGGUGCUUGGUAGAUGCUACCAGUGAAUGUAUCCAUCUUGUGUGCGUAAAGGAUGAAUUCCUCGUGGGAUAGUGUUGUGAACGCAACCAUGCCGACCGCUGCGAUCUCCCGGCCAGUGGACCCGUUCCACGGCCCCCUGGGAUCAAUCGAACCCUGGAACUUCAAACUUUUGGCGACUGUCAUGUUUUUCGUGACAUUUUUAUCGCUUUCCGAAAACUUCAUCGUCCUGUUGGUGACGUACAAGUACAAGCAGCUGAGGCAGCCUCUGAAUUACAUAAUUCUCAAUUUAUCCCUGGCCGAUUUCCUGGUCUCGGCUAUCGGCGGGUCCCUGAGUUUUAUCACCAACUUGUACGGAUAUUUCGUCCUGGGAGUCUGGGCGUGCGUUUUAGAAGGGUUCGCGGUAACUUUUUUGGGGAUCGUGGCACUCUGGUCACUAGCUGUGUUAGCCUUUGAGCGAUAUUUUGUGAUUUGCCGACCACUGGGCCAUAUUCGCCUGCAAGGAAAGCACGCUGCCCUUGGCAUUAUCUUCAUUUGGGUCUUUUCCUUCAUCUGGACCAUACCACCCACCAUCGGAUGGAGCAGUUACACGGUCAGUCCAAUUGGCACGACAUGUGAACCUAACUGGUAUUCUAGAGAAUUCAACGAUCACACUUAUAUUUUUGCCUUUUUCACAACUUGCUUCAUUAUGCCUUUAUUGGUUAUAUUUGUGUCUUACGGGAAACUCAUGAGAAAAUUGAGGAAGGUAUCAAGUACACAAGGGAGACUGGGAGCUGCAAGGAAACCAGAAAAGCAGGUGACUAGGAUGGUCAUUGUUAUGAUACUGGCGUUCCUAUUCUGCUGGUGCCCCUAUGCAGCUUUCUCCAUAACCGUGAUUACUUGCCCGGACAUCGAGUUGGAUCCUCGGAUGUCAGCAGUACCAGCUUUCUUCUCAAAAACUGCUACUGUUUAUAAUCCAGUCAUUUAUGUGUUUAUGAACAGACAGUUCAGAAAAUGUGUCCUGCAAAUGUUCAGCCUCAAUGAACCCGACACUAAUCCAACAACAGAACGUCCAAUGCAAGGAUGCAGCCAUGAUGAGAGAGAGAUGUCCACUAUUGCAAGAAUGAAGACUUCCUAUUCUACUACAACAAAACAUGAAGAGUGUAGCAAACGUGAUACGUUUGCUCAGCUGCCAAUACCCGAGGAUGAUGUUUGCCCAAUGUAAAUACAAGGCACUUGCAACACUCUGUAUUACAUUAUUGAAAUCUAUCAUCUGUAAAUUGGAUACAAAUUGGAUGCCAAGCUUCAUAGGAAGAAAACACUGAUUAUGGCAAUAAAAAGCUUUGAAUAAUGGAGCAAAGGCAAAAUUUGUGAACAGUUGUAGAACAGAGGUUUCUAUCAUGUUUACUGCUUCAUUUCUUAAUCAUAAAUUCCAUGUAAAAAUGUAAUUUGUGACAAAUGGAACUAUGAAGUUGAAGCAAUUAUUUUGUUUUGUGUAUUAUACACACUCUUAAUAGUAGUCAUGGCAGCUUGCAAAAGUUCUCAAUUAUCUCAAGAAUUUUAAGAUGAUAGAAUAGGUGUGAGAUUGAUAACAUCACAUAUUCUAAACCAAAAGAAGCAACUCGCCAGCAACUUAGAUUAGUACAUUAUUUUAUGAAUUGACCAUAAGAUAAAAGACUACUUCUUAACCAGCUCAAAACAUUCCAGAUCAAUGUGAUGUUAUGUCAUAGAUGUAUGGUACUAAAUUGUGCAGCAUGAAAUUUAGAUGACUAACAAACAUUACUUGGGUGUCAACACAGUGGCUGGAGUAUGGAUUCAAAUAUGGUGUGACUCACCCCCAAAUUAUUUAAUGUGUGGCAUUAGCCCCCGCAUUGGCAUAGACUGAGUGGGUGGAUCACAAUAGUAAUCAGUCUGAUUUGACGCCAAUGUUGCCAUUUUGGAGCUCAACACGUCAAUUCUUCCUCAUAAGAAAACAUUCACCAGGAAAAAGAACACCAAUAUGUACCUUUCCUCAAUAUCUCACACUCUUUACCAGUUGCAGGAGGAAGGUGAAGGAGAAAACAUUUUGACAGCACCUUUCUGUCCAGGCCAUCUGUGAAUAACUUAUGGAGUUAUGGCUAAGGUGAAGACAACCAACAGUCCUAUACCUUGUAUUAUCUUUAUUGCUGCACAAUACAGCACCCACUGGCCAUGUAUAAGAUUGUGAAUGUAUCUCAAUAUAGCAGCUGGUAUAGCUGCUGCCUUACAGUGCUAGAGAAUUAGGUUUGAUCCUGACCUUGGGUGCUGUCUGUGUGGAGUUUGCACAUUUGCACUGCAACCAAGUGGGUUUCCUACGUCUGUUCCUCUUUCCUCUCACAUCAAAAAAGACAUGUGGCUCUGUAGGUUAAUUGGCCCUUGAUAAUUGCCCUUUGUGUGUAGGGAGUGGAUGUGAAAGUUGGAUAACAUAGAAUAGUCUUCUUCUUUGCGUUUGGCGUGCACAGCCUAAAGUUGUAGGUCAACUUGGUCUAUUUGAUCUAUUUGUUUGUGCACAUCAGAUUAAUUGCAUUAGUCGAAACAGGGUCGCAAUCUCCCACACCACAUAGAAUAGUGAAAAAGGAUGACUGAUAGUCAGUGUGGAAUCAAUGGGCUGAAGGGCCUGUUCCCACGUUGUACCUAUUAAUUACCCAAUCAAUCAAUUAGCCAGAUAGUGCUAGAGAAUAAUGUGAUGUGUUGGUUCAUAUAGAAACAAAAGUUGCUGUAAUUGUUGCAAUGCAUGAAUGCCAUAUGAUGCCGAAUUGAUUUUAGGCAAGGAAACAGCAGCAUGCUAGGAUGUAUCAGUUCAUGCAACAAGUAGCAAUAUCAUUUUUUUCUGUGCUUAAACUGGUCAAGUAAAUUAAAGGAGGGCCAAAGCUAUCAUUAGCUCCAUUUUAAGGAGUCUUUCCCAUUUUCCAUUUUUGUGCAAUAUAUUAAGUGUUCAUAUCCAUAGGGUCCAUUAGUAUCCCAUUGGUCUCUUAAUACUUCCGCCACAAAUGACCCAACCAGAAAUACCAUGAAAAUAACUUAAUGGUCUAUUUUAUGCAUUAAUGGUUAAAAACCCUUCCUAUGUCUUGGAUCAGCUAUGUAUUGUUUGUACUCUAGAUAUCAUUUUUCUCGACGCACCAUUUAAAUACAAUUGAACCUAUUUUGCUGCAGCGAUAUCUUGCUUACUUACAUUUUGUUCACACACCUACCCAUUGUAGAAGAAUUUGGGGUCAUUGAGCUCAGCAAUCUUUUGAAAGCUAUCACUUACAUGCCCUCAAUUUGUUUUAAAGUUCAAAACAGAUUUUAUUUGUUUUAUAAUAUUUUCAUUGCAUGAUUUCUCUUCCUACAAUUCUUGGAUGGCCGUAAAAAUAGCACUAGGUAAAAUUGUGGUACAUGAAGGAGAAAGAGAAGAGGUGCUUAUACUGUAAAACACCAGUUUGCAAAGUAGAGUAAAAUAGGUGUUCAGCAAGAUUCUUGAUGUGACAAAGAGGAUAGCUUUGAGGAUACCAUCAUCGCCACCAAGUUUAAUGCUACUGCUGCCCAUGUUCUCAGCAUUAGACGAGCCAAUAAUGUU